AUGACCUGCAAAACAGAGGAAGCCGAUAAUGAUGUCUUCGAGAAGCUGGUUGCUCCUCAAGCAUCACCCAGGAAAUAUGAGAUCAUAUACUUCAACCUUCUAACCUUCAGCUACGGACACCUGGCCGCCUUGUAUGGACUAUACUUAGCUGUUACAGUCGCACAUUGGAAGACUUUGCUCUUUCAUUAUAUAAUAUUCAUAUUAGCGUCUAUCGGUGUAACAGCUGGAGCUCACAGACUUUGGACCCACCGAGCGUAUAAAGCUAAGAUGCCCCUUCAGAUUAUUCUAAUGCUAAUGAACACACUAGCCUUCCAGAACACAGUUAUAGAUUGGGUCAAGAAGCAUAGGUUGCAUCACAGAUACAGUGACACAGAUGGAGAUCCUCACAAUGCGACCAGGGGCUUCUUCUAUUCACACGUCGGCUGGCUGCUGGUGAAAAGACACGAGGAAGUCAAGAGGAGGGAGAAAUUAAUCGAUAUGUCCGAUAUAUACGAAAAUCCCGUGCUUUUAUUCCAAAAAAAGUACGCUGUACCCUUCAUAGGUACAAUAACCUUCGUCCUACCCACAAUCAUACCGAUGUAUUUCUUUGGAGAAAGCCUCUGGACUGCUUGGCACCUCACAAUCCUCAGAUACAUAAUUAAUUUAAACGGCACAUUCCUCGUGAACAGCGCUGCACACCUAUUCGGCAACAAACCCUACGAAGAACAUAUAAAACCAGCGCAGAACCUAUUCGUAUCAUUUGCGGCUUUCGGCGAAGGAUUCCAUAAUUACCACCACGUGUUCCCAUGGGAUUAUAGGACAGCGGAGUUGGGGAACAAUUACCUAAAUUUAACAACAAAGUUCAUUGACUUCUUCGCUUGGCUAGGAUGGGCGUACGAUCGAAAAACUAUUCCUGACGAAGUGAUAAGAUCAAGGUCAAAAAGAACUGGAGACGGAACUGAUUCUUGGGGCUUCAGCAAGACUGAAUAA